AACUCGCCGAUAAUAGAAGUCAAAAAAUAAAAUACUAAUUAAUAUUUUUGAAUUUUAAAUAAUUGAGUUUGUACGAAAAUUGGAGAUCGAUUUGAUUUGAGAUGUCUAGAAAAUUGAAGAGGUACGAAAAAGUUGCAUUUCUUGGAGAAGGCCAGUUUGCCACAGUUUACAAAGCCAAAGAUCGUCUGAGUGAUAAUAGAAUUGUAGCAGUCAAAAAGAUUAAAGUCGGCCAGAGAAAUGAGCUCGAUGAUGGUGUCAAUAGGACAGCUCUGAGAGAAAUCAAGUUACUACAAGAAAUUCAUCAUCCCAAUAUUAUUGGACUGUUGGAUGUUUUCGGUAAGAAGUCUAACAUAAGCCUCGUCUUUGAUUACAUGGAGACAGAUCUGGAGAUGAUAAUCAAGGACUCCAGAUUAGUGCUGACAAUGGCGCAUAUAAAAUCUUACAUACUGCAAACGUUUGAAGGACUUGAGUACUUGCAUGCUAAUUGGGUCCUACAUAGAGAUCUGAAACCAAAUAACUUGCUGAUUGAUGAUAAAGGUGUAGUUAAGAUUGGAGAUUUUGGCCUUGCAAAAUUUUUUGGCUCUCCGACCAGGAACUACACCAACCAAGUUGUCACGAGAUGGUACAGGUGCCCAGAGUUGUUGUUCGGCUGUCGAAACUAUGGCACUGGUGUGGAUGUUUGGUCCGUCGGCUGCAUACUGGCCGAAUUGCUAUUGAGGAAACCAUUCCUCCCUGGAGAUUCUGACUUAGGCCAGUUGGAUCAGAUAUUCAACAUUCUAGGCACACCUGUACUGGAAACUUGGCCGGACGUGACGGAAUUACCAGAGUACAUAAACUUCAAAUACACGCCAGCGACGCCAUUUUCAGAAAUUUUCUCAGCCGCCCCAGACGACCUUUUGCAGCUGAUGUCUCAACUGCUUAGUCUCAACCCAUGUUUCAGGUGUACCUGCUCCCAAGCCCUCCAAAUGCCCUACUUCACGAACAAGCCCCUACCUACCGCCCCAAUAAUGUUGCCCCGCCCCUCGCUGACGUCACAGGGAGUUACCAACGAUCAUGAAUCGAAUGAUAAUGGCUAUAGUAAUAAGAAUAGGAGGAGGGUGGUCAGUAAGCGGAAGAGUGAUAUGCCGCCGGAAUCAGGUCUAGCUAAGAAACUGAUGUUUUAAUAAACAUUCAUCAUCAUCAUCAUCGUUAUCACCAUCCUAUCAUCAUCACUUUGAUCAUUAUCACAGUUUUAUUAAUCACCACCAUCAUCACCAUCAUCAUCGUUAUCAUUUCGUUUAAACAUCAUCUUAACAAACAGUUAACGACAUGCUAUCGUCAUAUUCGUCGUCAUCAUCAUUAUCACCGUUUCAAUCAUCAUCAUCAUCGACAUCAUUAUCAUCACCACCAUCAUCAUCACCACCACCAUCAUUUUAAUCACUGUUGUUGUUGUCGUCAUCGUCAUCAUCGCCACCGUGAUAUCAUUAACAAUGUCUCAAUGUUUUUGCUGUGUUUUAAACUCCAAAUAUACGAACAACGUGAGCGAAUGAUCAUAAUAACAAUACCUACAUCACUGUUAAAGGCUAUAUUAAGAAACCAAAAUGCUAAUAAUAAUGAUAAUAAUUAUGAUGAUAAUGAU